CUCUCUCUCUCUCUCUCUCUCUCUCUCUCUCUCUCUCUCCCUCCCUCCCUCCCUCUCUCUUAAAUAAAUUUUCCGUAUGGCGAAGAAGAAGAAGAAGAAAGUACAGUUAACAGUUGUAAUUCUCUCUCUCUCUCUCGAACAGAUACAUGCAUACUGUAUUACCUACACUUACCACCUAUAUUUAUUAGCACAUCCUCUUCCUCUAGUUCUGAACCAUCUGAUACCCCUCCAUUGACGACUUUAGCUGCUGCAGAGCACACUAUCCAUAUUCAUAUCUCCUAGGCCUGGUGCUUAUGUUGAUUCGGUUCACACAGAUCGAGGAAUUCAGGAUUUCCCUGGCUGUUUGCGGAUUAAUUGAAGAUGAACAACACCAGCGUUCGGAAGAAUUUGGAGUCUAUGAAGUCUCCAAUGAAGCACGAAAAAAGGAGAAGGUGGAAAUGCAGGGGAGGAGGCUAAUGGAUGCUGAGAAAGCUACCUCAAGCGGCAGGGGCUCAACAAGGGAGAGAAAAAAAGCAUUGCAACAAGAUGUCAAUAAGUUAAAGAAGAAGCUUCGACACGAGGAGAAUGCUCAUAGGGCAUUGCUGAGGGCUUUCGCCAGACCCUUGGGCACCCUUCCUCGCCUUCCUCCUUAUCUCCCUUCUUAUACACUGGAGCUUGUUGCUGAAGUGGCUGUUUUGGAAGAGGAGGUUGUUCAGCUUGAAGAACUGGUUGUGCGUUUACGCCAAGGACUAUAUCAAGAAGCUGUGUUCAUUUGUUCCUCAAAGAGGAACUUGGAAAGUUCAGCUGAUUUCUAUGACCUCCCAAUGAAGAAUUCUAAACAGAAGCAAUUCAAGUUUUCCCCUAAAACUAAAGAUGACGGGCAACAGAAAGAGAACCAGCCAUGCACUAAUUCCACAAAGGAAAAGCAAUCGCUCAAUUCGAAAGCACCAGCAGUCAGAACCCGAGCAAAGAGACCUCCAAUUGACUCUAGACCAGCAGAGAGACUCUUAAAUCCUAACAAAAUGCAGCUAGAAGCAAGAAUUAUAGACCAUGAACGUGAAGAAGCCGCAACUAAUGCUAUUCAAGGUCAAAGGCUACCUGGAGUUGAAAAUCCAACUAAAAUUUCGGAAGAUAUUCUCAAGUGUUUGUCCAGCAUUUUCCUGAGAAUGAGCCCUUCAAACAAUAGAUCUACAUGGGACACUUUGUCCUCAUUAUCGGCGUUGAAUUCAUGUGAAGAUUGGGAGGCAACAGGGUUUAAGGAUCCGUAUGGUAUCUGUUCAGAAUUUGGAAGGAGAGAUAUUGGUCCAUAUAAACAUUUAUUUGCAGUUGAAGCUCUCUCAAUCAAUCCAACCCGAAAAACAAACUCCGUGUUUCUUGUUCGUAGACUUAAAAUUCUCCUUCGGAAACUUGCCUCGGUCAACUUAAAGGGUCUCACCCACCAGGAAAAGCUUGCUUUCUGGAUCAAUACUUACAAUUCCUGUGUGAUGAAUGCAUUUCUAGAGCAUGGCAUACCAGCUAGCCCUGAGAUGGUUGUUGAAUUGAUCCGGAAGGCAACAGUGAAUGUGGGGGGACACCUCGUAGGUGCAAUGACCAUUGAACAUUUCAUUCUCAGACAACCUUACCAUUCCAAUUAUGUAAGUGGAGCCCCUUCCCUUUCCAUGUCACUUGAAAGGAAUUUGCUUGAUAUAUGUACCCUAUCUAUUACUUCCCACCAGACCUUUGCAAACGGUACAAAAAACGAUGAGAUGACAGCUUGCAGCGCUUUUGGAUUGGAGUUAUCUGAGCCAUUGGUUACGUUUGCACUCUCUUGUGGAAGCUGGUCCUCCCCCGCUGUGAGAGUGUACACUGCAUCUGAGGUAGAAAAUGAACUGGAAGUUGCGAAAAAAGAGUAUUUACAGGCAGCGGUUGGUAUUUCGACAAAAAUGAAGUUGCUAGGGAUCCCAAAGCUCUUGGAUUGGUAUCUACUUGAUUUUUCAAAGGACUUGGGGUCAUUUCUUGAUUGGAUAUGCCUCCAAUUACCCAGUGAACUCAGAAAAGAAGCAAUUAAGUGCCUUGAGAGAGGAAAAGGCGAACCUCUUUCGCAAUUCGUCAAGGUCAUGCCAUAUGAGUUCAAUUUCAGGUACCUCAUUUUCGCGUAAAUAAAUCUUUGAUUCAUCGGAAGUUUUGUCGUUACAGUUUUGGGUAAAUUGAAGAUCUGUGAUUGUACAAAGCUAUAGAGUGCAUAGUAAUGGAAAAAAUGCAGAAUGCAUUUCCAAUUGUAAGGAAUUUGACUUAUUGGGGAUAUGCUUUCUUCCACAUAUGGGUUUUGUAACCAUUUUGUUAUUGGGGAAGAAUUGCACAUGAAUGGAGCAAAUUCUUGAAGUUCCUUUUC